GCUCAAGAAGCUCGCGAGGUUGUACCAGCUGCCCUCCAACCUGCGCAAGGCAGAGCUGGUCAAAAGGCUCUGCGUCCAGGACGGCCUCGUCCUUCGCCCAGACGCCGAGGGCGCCGUUGACCUUGCAAACAUUCCAAUCGUUCGGGCCAAAGGGCGCAAGCGUAAAUCGGCGACACGGGACGAGGCACCGCCCGCCAAUGCAAGAAAGCAGCGCGGCAAGGGCGUGUCUUGGCUGAUGGAGACCUUGGGUCAGAA